CAAGUCAAACUGACUCAAAAACCCUUACACGAAGAAGGUCUAACAAGGACCGCAGCAUUGCUGAUACCAGAAACAACUUUGUCAUUCCCAACUAGCUAUAGCCAAACUUCAGCUCUACUCCAAACAGGAAAAAAAACAGGAUUCAAAGAUGUCGUCAGGCGCUUUAUUUCCCAGCUUGGUGUCGGGCUCCCGAGGCACCUCAAGCAAGUACCUGGUAGAGUUCCGUGCCGGUAAGAUGACCCUAAAGGGUAGUACGGUGACACCAGACAAACGCAAGGGGACGGUGUACAUCCAGCAAACGGACGAUUCGCUUAUUCAUUUCUGCUGGAAGGACAGGACCACGGGAAACGUGGACGACGAUCUAAUCAUCUUCCCAGACGACUGUGAGUUCAAGAGGGUCAACCAGUGCACCACAGGACGGGUGUUUGUGCUCAAGUUCAAAGCAGGAUCCAAACGGCUCUUCUUCUGGAUGCAGGAGCCCAAGACGGACAAGGAUGAGGAGCACUGUCGCAAGGUCAACGAGUUCCUGAACAACCCUCCCAUGCCUGGAGCUCUGGGGAGCGGGGGCAGUGGCAGCCACGAGCUGUCUGCCCUGGGAGGUGAGGGCGGCCUGCAAAGCCUCCUGGGUAACAUGAGUCAUAACCAGCUCAUGCAGCUGAUUGGACCAUCAGGACUAGGAGGGCUUGGUGGUCUAGGGGCCUUGGCUGGUCCAGGGCUGGCUAGUCUUCUAGGCAGUGGAGGUCCAGCUACCAGCAGCUCCUCAUCCAGCUCCCGCAGCCAGUCUGCUGCCGUCACCCCCUCCUCAGGCUCCGGGACGACCAGGAUAAGCUCAGCCCCGGCCCCCACCACACCCGUGACCCCUGCUGCCCCCUCAGCCACCUCCCCCACGGUGACCCCCACCACCCCCGCUGCCGCCCAGACCCCCCUGGUGCCCGCGGCCGUGGGCAGCCCCACCCAGCCCAUCCAGCUCAGCGACCUGCAGAGCAUCCUGGCCACCAUGAACGUACCCGCCAUGGCCGGUGCAGGACAGGGAGUGGACCUGGCCAGCGUGCUGACCCCAGAGAUCAUGGCUCCCAUCCUGGCCAACUCUGAGGUCCAGCAGAGGCUGAUGCCUUACCUGCCCUCUGGGGAGUCCCUGCCACAGAGCGCCGACGAGAUCCAGAACACACUCACCUCCCCGCAGUUCCAACAAGCGAUGAGCAUGUUCAGCAGUGCCUUGGCGUCAGGACAGCUGGGGCCUCUCAUGAACCAGUUUGGCCUGCCCACAGAGGCCGUGGACGCUGCCAAUAAAGGAGACGUGGAGGCGUUUGCCAAAGCCAUGGAGGGGAGCGACGGCAAGCCGGAAGACGGGGGGAGCUCCAAAGACAAGAAGGACGACGACGAGGAUAUGAGCCUGGAUUAGUUAUCCACGGGUCCAACCUAUGUCCUGGUCUCUCUGCUUUGUCCUUGUCUUCUUACUCUGUUAGCACAGACGCUAACGUCGCGCUAGCCCGGACAGGGCCUGGUAACCAAUGAAAACGUCACGAAUUGCAGCGAGGUGUCUUAAAAGCUUGGCAACCAAUAAAAUGGUUUUGAACAGCA